AUGGCGAAUGUGACCGGUCUUCUCGUUCUGCCCGCGGGCCCCUCCGUCCCCGGCUCCUCCGCGCCCGGCUGUCGUGUGUGCCCACCGACGCGGGUUGACUACCGUCGCGACGUGUUUGGGCAGAGCGCCGCGCUUUGCCUACCGCGGGCUGCGCCUCCCCCCGAGACGGUGGCGGAUCCCGUCGGGCCGGGCCGGCGUCCAGAAACUACAACCCAGAUGUCUGUUGUCUUCUCCAGCAUACUCGGGCCCAGCCAGAGUGGACAAGCGCAGCCCGGCAUGGGGGAGCGAGGAAGCGGGGCCAGUAGCUCUGGGGACCUUGUCUUCCAAGAGGGUCGCCUCAUCUCUGGGUCCCUGGAGGCCUUGAUGGAGCACCUGGUCCCCACAGUGGACUCUUACCCAGAUAGGCCAUACAUCUUUACCUUCCUCUUGAGCUCCCGGGUCUUCAUGCCCCCUCAUGACCUGCUGGUCCGUGUGGGGCAGAUCUGCCUGGAGCAGAGGCAGCAGCUGGAGACUCCUGGGGCUGAGAAGGCCAAGCUCAAGUCUUUCUCAGCCAAGAUCGUACAGCUAUUUAAGGAGUGGACAGAGGCCUUCCCCUGUGACUUCCAGGAUGAGAAGGCGAUGGCCGAACUGAAGGCCAUCACUCAGCGGGUCACACGGUCUGAUGAGGAGAAUGGCACAGUGAAGAAGGCCAUUGCCCAAAUGACACAGAGCCUGCUGCUGUCUCUGGCGGCCCGAAGCCAGCUACAGGAGCUUCGGGAGAAGCUCCGCUCACCAGCCAUGGACAAAGGGUCUGUCCUCAAGGCUAAGUCCCCAGCCACUCAGAAGGACAUCCUGGGCGUGUGCUGUGACCCACUGGUGCUGGCCCAGCAGCUGACGCAUCUAGAGCUGGAGAGGGCCAGCAGCAUUCACCCUGGGGACCUGAUGCAGAUGGUCAGCCACAUGGACUCCCGGGACAAGCACAGGUGCCCAGGGGACCUGACCAAGACCUAUAGCCUGGAGGCCUAUGACAACUGGUCCAACUGCCUUAGCAUGCUAGUGGCCACCGAGGUGUGCCGGAUGGUGAAGAAGAAGCACCAGACCCGCAUGCUCGAGUUCUUUAUUGAUGUGGCCCAGGGGUGCUUCAACAUCGGGAAUUUCAACUCCAUGAUGGCCAUCAUCUGUGGCAUGAACCUCAGUCCUGUGGCGAGGCUGAAGAAAACGUGGUCCAAAGUCAAGACGGCCAAAUUUGAGGUCUUGGAGCGCCAUAUGGACCCAUGCAGCAAUUUCCGCAACUAUCGCACCGCCCUGCAGGGGGCCACGCAAAGGGCCCAGAUGGCUAAGAGCAGCCCAGAGAAGAUUGUCAUCCCUGUGUUCAACCUUUUCGUUAAGGACCUUUACUUCUUACACAAAAUCCAUACGAACCACCUGCCCAAUGGGCAUGUUAACUUCGAGAAAUUCUGGGAGAUCUCCAGACGGAUCCAGGAGUUCACGACAUGGACUCAGGUAGAGUGUCCCUUCCAGAAGGACAAGAAGAUUCAGAAGUACCUGCUCACGGCACCCCUCUACAGCGAGGAAGCGCUCUCCAUCGCCUCCUUUGAAAGUGAAGGUCCUGAAAGCCGCAGGGAAAAAGAUAGCUGGAAGACUCUCCGGACCACUGUCCGUAACAGAGCCCGGAGGAACGAAUGCAGCCGGCAGACGCUGGAUGAAGCACACACAUGCACGGGGAUUUAA